UAGAACCCCACCAAGGAAACCGGUUGGGUUUUCAUGUCGCUUCGCUAGAGGGGGGCAUUAUCUUUCCCCUUCGCUCCCUCCUCGUAGAAAUCUGUAACAAGUUCAAGAUUUUGCCCGGCCAGCUUACUCCAAAUGCUCACCGGUUCUUGAAUUGUUUUGUAAAUAUUUGUGAAUCUCUAAAAAUCAAACCCUCUUUGGACCUCUUCCUUCAUAUGUAUGAUGUCUUGCCCGGGACUAGUAACUGCCCGGGCUUUGUUUACUUCCAUUCCCGUGCCAAUUCUAGGGGUUUUUUGACCGGUCUUCCCCCUAGCCACAAGAAAUGGAAGCAAAGAUUUGUUUUCGUUGAGUUCCCCCCUGACCAAUUUCCACUCUCCAACCGUGAGUGGGCUGACCGGGUUAUAAAACCUGAAAGGGUUCACCCGAAGCCCACCAAAGAGCUAGAGGAAGCCUGCGAGAAACUUCUUAAGGGUGACCCUGUGACCGGUAAACCAUACGCCUACGGUGGAUGGGUAUACCGGUUACCUAACCCGGAUGGGGGUGAAUCUGCGACCCAUGACGCAGAAGAUGACCGGGCAAACUCCCCGGAUGGUCAUGCUGAGGCCAGUUCUCCUCGUCCAGACAUGAAUUUCAACAGGAUGACCACCAUCAUCGAGGAUGACGACGACGAUGUCCAAGUCCUCCACUCCAACCGGUCUCCUCUCUCCAAGCCUCAUUCUCCUCCUUACUUCCCUGAAAUGGAUGGGGCCACAAGUGCCCGGUGUAGCCCUAUCCAUAAACAGAGCCAGAAGCUGAACUCUCCUCCAGCCACCCAUCUCUUUGAAAGUGACCGGGUCCCUUCUCCUAAGAAGGAUGUCAAGGCCAAAGGGAAAGGGACCGGUCAUUCUUCCUCUCAGAAAAGGAAGGGUUCCCACAAGACUUCCAAGGGGGAAAGGAGGAAGAAGGUCAGGCUAUCAGAUCUAGAGGGGGUGUCCAUUGAAGUGACAUUUUUGUCCUUGGCCAAGAAACUUAGCAAGGCUGGAGUUAUAUCUGAAGUAGUUGGCCGGUCAAUCGUUGAACCAAAGGACCAGCUUUCCGAGCUCACCCUCCUCCUUGACUCCGCUAAGUCAGAGAUUAAUGACCGGGUUGAGAGGGAGAAGAAGCUGGAAGAAGAUCUGAUGGCUGAAAGGGCCAGGUUAGAGGAGGAAAGGGCCAAGUUGGUGGAGGCGGAGAGGAAGGUGGCAGAGCUGGAAGAUGCUUUGGCCCAAGCUGAAGAGACUGCCCGGUCAAAAGAGGAGGCCUUUCCUGAUGAUGCUGCGAUUUGGGCCGCCUGCCAUCACACAGAAGUUGCCCGGUCCAUUCUCACCAAUCCGGAGGACACCAUGGAUUUUUUUCAAAGUCAUGUAUAAGGAACCAGAAGGGAAGAGAAUGAUAACAGAUGUCGGGUCCUAUGGGUUUCAGUGUGGCCAAAAGGAAGAGAGAUCUCUUCUCUAUGCCAGACUCCAGAGGAAGGACCCUUCUUUCGACCCGGCCAAGUUGAAGCUUUCAGCCCUGUACAAGGAAGAGCCAGCUCCCCCCUUUCCCCUCGAGUAGGUUAGGGUAUGUUUUCAAACACUAAAUUUUCCCAAGGCCU